AAUGUUUGGUCUGUGAGUUUGUUGAUGAAGUGAUGAUGUCUUGGCCCCUGAAUAUAUAGGCACAGAGAUACGGGACUUACUAGCAGGUGAGAGGGGACAAGGUGCGUGGGCUGGUGGCUGUAAAGGGAGGUAGCCAGAUUCAGAUCAGAUUUUGCUGGGCCAUGGACUAGUGGGCUAUGGCUAGGCAAUCAGUGCAUGCUACAGUCUGAUGCUAAAUUGGGUAGGGGCAUUAUAUGCAACCAUCUGGGGUCCAGCUUUUAUGGAUGUGUUCCCUUCGGUACGGUGUCCUGCAUCACGAGAUUGGGAGCAACCCGGUGAUUGCAAUCAGGUGAGGUGAAGAGCCAGUGUCACAGGGGACACUUCAUAUGAUGGUCAGGAGUCUUGGGCUCUUUGCUGAGUAGAUGCAGAGUAUCCUUCACUGCUUUUGGGUGUACUUUGCACUUACAGCUGCAGCUGCAUGCUGGGUGUUUGUUGGUUGCUUCAGCAGUGCUUUGAUUGCUGCAAAUCUAGCAAGUUGCCUGACAGCUCCAUAUCUCAUGGUCUGCAUGAUUUCUAGCACCGCAUGUGACGGCCAUUUCCUGGCAUCUUCGCUGCAUUUUCCAAGGCCUACAACAGUUAGUAACCAUCAGGCUGCCAACUUCGGCGAGAAAGUCUGCCCAUGGCUUCAGGUAAUGGCAUUGAGUCCAUUUGUACGGAGCUGUCAUUAGUUCAUUUCACUAUUUUUUGGUAGGGACUAGGACUGCAAUAAUGCAAAAUGCAACACACAGCUCAUUUGUUAACCGAUAGUUUACUUACAUGUCCAUGACAGAUUGACAGGGUCAUUGCUAGCAGUAUCAAAUUUUGUUUGCUAAACACAAGUCUUGAUGAGAUGUUGUGUCAUAGAACUGAUUUCUGUACAUUCGCUGGUUUUCCAAUCCCAAUACAAAUAUCAACACUUUUAUCUUUGGGUGACCAAAACACACUAGCCUUUUCUGCAGAAGGUCAGUUUCCUUUUUCCAUCUGUGAAGAUUGCGUCAUUCUUUGUAACAUUUUGGGUCUGAGGCCAUAUAACCGCGCAGAACAGAUUUGUCGUGCUUAUGCCCUACAAAACUGUGCUCAAUCAUUUAUCUCUGCAACAAAGUAUAUACAUCGAAAGAACAGUGGCCAUUACUGUUUAUCUUCCUUGGCUGUUUGUUUGUCAAGAUCAAAAUGCUUUACAUCAACGGUUUCCCUCCCCCCUACCCCCCCCCCCCCCCCCCUUUUCCUACAUGUAACUGAGUAGAAAGCAGGUGGUAAUCAAGAGCUGCAGAGAGCAACAUGCUGGACCACUCCCAUAGGUGGCGCCACACCGCUUGCAUCGUAGUGGCAUUGCGAUGGCAUCGUUAUGGAGCCGAGGAACCUUGCCUCCAUCUCCGUGGAGGUGCUUCUGAUCAAGCACAUGUCAUACUCCACUGCUGCAUCGAAGGGAAGUUUGAUCUUGCCGUCACCGCCUGUGAAGCCAAACUCUUCUUGGGACAAGCUGAGGAGCUCGCCAAAGACUGCCGUGACUAGAAACGCAUGAUGUCAGCCGUGUACACGACACAUCGGCCUUUGCCAUCCAUUGCUGAGGCGUGUGCACGAUCAUUCAGUUUCUUUCUCCAGCGCCGCCGCUGACCAGGUGAGCCUCUUCCUCCCGAGGACCACUAUCCUCUGCCACUUCUCGGCCAGCUGAGCAAGUCUCCUUGCACUCACCAUGGUAGCUACUUGUCUUUCUGGAAACUGAAGAGAUUCUGCUGUCAGCUUGAGCUUGGAAUGCUUUGUCCUGUGGAUGGAGCGAUGGUGUUUGGAGACACUUAGCAUGGAUUUAUAUCUCAGGGCUGCAACGGGGAAGAGACAAGGCCAUGAGCAGCCACGAUUGUGCUGGGGCAAGUGUUUGGCGCGUGCUGGAGCUUGGGUUGGACAUUGCCUAUGCUACCAUACUAACCUGUCUAGCACGAAGACCCAUGUUAAUUGUGAAUCUGCAAUGCCCACUGCAAAAUACAGCUACUUGCAAGUUGCCUGAGUUAGCACAAUGGCUGAGCACUCACUGAUGACCCAAAAUUUGGUCCCAUAGAAAUAUCAUAAAAAUCGUUCAUCACAUUGUCUGUAGCUACUUCCACCAACAUUGCACACAGAGCACUCAUGGCAUUGCCUCCUACCCACCUCUCUUGCUGAUAGCUACACACGACCCACACGCAUAUGCACUGUCCUGAGCCCUCUCUUCUUUCGACUAUAAAACCGUGGCCUGCUCAACACAAACUUCAUCUCAUCUGCAAGCAAGAUCACCACACCUUCAGACUUUCAGAACCAAAGUGAAAUUUAGCUAGCCAGGAGCACACCAGACUCAAACAUGAUCCAUCCAAAGAAGUUUGCUCAGCUGGCCAAAAAGUGGCAGAGGAAGGUCGCGGCCAGGGCCGGUGGCCAGCAAGCUGAUGAGUGCUGCAGCCCAGUCGCUGACAAGGGCCAUUGCGUGGUGUACACCGCCGACGGGGCGCGGUUCGAGGUCCCGCUGGCGUACCUCGGCACGACAGUCUUCACCGAACUCCUGAGGAUCGCCGGGGAGGAGUUUGGCUUCACGAGCAGCCAGGGAGGCAGGAUCACGCUGCCUUGCAAUGCCGCGGUUAUGGACUAUGUCUUGUGCCUGGUUAGGAGAGAUGCCUCCGAGGAGGUCGAGAGAGCGUUCUUGAGCUCCAUUGUUGGCCAUUGCCAUGGCCAAGAUGCAUCGGUGGGACCUACCCAUCAAUUUGCUCUUUGCACGUAGCUUAGUUUUUUUUUUUUUUUGGUCAGACCUCAAGAAAUUGUACAGUCCGAUAUAAGAUUGUAGUAUCAUAGGAAAUGGAACAUGGCGAAUAUAUCUUUUUCUCUCAGAGAAAUCUAAUACUUUGCCACUCUAAAUCCAAGCACAUUAUUUGCUGUUGUUUGAACAGAGUACUGGGGAAAUAGAAACAAACCAUAGCUUAGCUACUGAAAAUCUGACAUAUCUUUGGUAUCAUAGGAAAUGAUACAAAAUGUAUCUUUGUCUCAGAGAAAUCUAAUACUUUGCCACUCUAAAAUCCAAGCACCUUAUUUGCUGUAUCGGAAGAAAGUAGAGACAAACCGUGGGCUUAGAAUUUGUGGACAUGAAAUUCAUGAGCAGGAGGGUGGGGAUCUUCUGUUCCGUAGACAUUACCCAAAAUCUACAUAAACCCUAUUUUACAUUGAGGUCUUUGACAUGAGAAUGCUACCUCUGCGAUCUACCUAACUUGCUAAUUGCCACUACCUUUGAAAGCGUACGUCCUUUUUGUAUGCAGCUUAUCACAUUUUGUGAUACAUCAGCCCUUAAGAGUUUUACCUUGAGGGUUCAUCAUUGAAAUCAUUCAUGAAACAUGUGCUGAUAUAUCUUGCCCGACUAGUAAGCUGACAGAAAAUUGCUUCUGCAAUAUGUAUUAAUGAGAGAAGGGUAUAUGAUAGAUCAUGGAACAACGAAAGAGUGGCUGUUGGCUUUCUUGAAAUACUUCAUUAAUAAAUACAAAUUUUUUAUUUUUUAAAUCAUAGAAUAGAAUCACAUCUUUGGUAGUUUUACUGGUAGGGGUGCUUGUUAGGUGUUAGCUUCUACGAGCUAGACAUUUUGUACACUGAAUCCUGAAGUUAUAGUUAAUCACUCUUCUGUGCCCUAUGGCCUAAUGCCAUA